AUGGGCGAUCGCUUCGCUGCACUGGCUGGCUACGCUGGGGAUGAGACGGUAGCGACGGAUUACAACAGGACUGGGCCAGGAGGGCUGACCAUGGCAGGGCUCGACACGACCGACGACUCGAGCAUUGCUCCUGCUGCUCGCAGUAAGCCAAGCUCUUCUGCACCUCGGCCGCUCUCGCCACGCAAAUCCAAUGUACCCACUAAUGCUCCAUCUGCGAUCGGAAAGCCUGUUGCGGGCGCGAGAACAGCUUCUGGUUCCAAUGUCAAGGCUUCCAGAGUGCCGCUUCGCAACGAUUCAGCUACCGAGCCUUCGACGCCUCAAGCUGCCAUCGACAAGCGCGCCCACAAAUCGCGCGCAGAGGUACCCGCCACAGAUCGCAAGCAGGAUCCGCGCAAAUUGCAAGGCAUCAGGAUCGUGGAUGGUGAGGACUCGGUGGCGCCUUAUGGCGAGGUGGACGAUACUGGCAUUCUGGAGGACAGCGAUGCAGACUUCAUUCGCGCUCAGCAAGAUUUAUCGCGAGCCAACGAGACGUCGCUCGCAAAUGGCACGAGCCUUGAAGAGUCUGCGAUCGGAUUGACCGAGGCACAGGCAGAGAAAGCUCGCCGAGCAGCGGGUCUGAGCAUGAAGGUAGCCACAGAGCGCAACGAUCAAUUGACAAAGGAGAACAACGACUUGAAAAUCGAGGUGGAUCUUCUCAGGCAGCGUUACAAGCAUUCGGACAAUGAUGUCAUGCAACAACUGGUCUCCAUCACUCAGGAGCACCGAAGGUUGCAAGCCCGUCUCGCGAAGCAGGAUCAAUUCAUUCGGGAAGCGGGACCGGAAUUGGCCGCAUACAAGAAGCUCCAAAGGCGCAUCGGCAAGGAAGACCCUGUUGCUCUCAGAGCCGAAGCGCAACGAGCUCAGGCUGAGGCUGAAGAGCAUCGCUCAGCUCGCGAAGCGCUGGAAGAGGAGCUUGCAGACGUCCGCAACCAAUCCGAGGUGAGCAGUAGCCGAUGUGCGCCCAGAGCGAGACGCCGACUCAUCUACUCAUUGCGCCUCGCCACACUAUAGGAAGCAAAAGCGGAUCUGGAAGCGGAGAGGCAGGAUCAUCAGAGCGAAUUAUACACUCGCCAGCAAGAAAUUGCCGAUCUCGAAGACCAGAUUGAGCAGCUCCAAGAGCGUGCAGAGACGCAUGGCAGAACCGAUGCCGAGCUCGAAGAAAUCAGAGAGCAGCUGGAUGCGCUGCAAGCCGAGAACAAGGCGUUGACUAUGGAGCUUGAUCAGCUGCAAGCGAAGAAUAGCGAUUUAGAAGGGCGAGUCGAUGACCUCGACGCGGAAAAUGCUGACUUGGCAAAGAUUGAGGGCGAGCUUCAACGCGAGCUUGACCAGGUGCAGCGACGCUUGGCCGACGUGGUCGAUGAGCGCGGUGCGGAUGAGCAGCACCAUCAGCAGCAGAUUGUCGACGAAGUUGGGGCAGCCACGCAAGCCUUGAGAAUCCAGUAUGAAGCCGAUAUCAAUGCGCUCAGGGACGAGGGCAAUGCGGAGAAGGUGCGCGUCGAGGAGCUCGAAGCAACGCUUGACGACUACGAGCAUCGGAUGGAUGAGCAGCUGGAGCGCAUCGAGCACCUUGAACUUGAAAACCAGAACACCGCCAAAGCGUUGGCGGAAUCCGAAGCGGAGCUGGACGAGCUGCUUCGAGAGAAAUCAGAGCUUGAGAGUCUCCUUGCGACCAAAGAGACCCAGCUGAACAACACCGAGUCUGCUCGGCAAGCUGCAGAGAGCUACCUCGAGGAAAAGACCCAUCAGCUCCAGCAGUCCGACGUAGAAUUGAGCGAGGCUGCAGGGCGCCUGAGCAAUGCCGAGGAAAGAAUUGAGCGCCUCAAUGCGGAUCUUGACGAAGCACGUCACGACACGGAUGAGCUGUUGCAAAACUUUGGCGAAGAGCGCGAUCGCUACGUCAGAAAGAUUCAAGCACUCAGAGAGCGUUUGGAGGAUCGCGAUAGACAGAUCGAGGCGCUCCAAGCUCAAGCUGAUACCACGCAGCACGAUAUGACCAAUGGAGCGGAAGUGAGAGCUGCCUUGUCACAUAGGGUGGAGCAACUCGAAGAAGAGCGCGAUGAUCUUCGUGAAGAGACUGCGAAGCUGCACGCCAAGCUGGAGGACAUGCUUUCCGAUCUGCGCACUGAGGAGCAAGAACGCGAAGACGAAGCUCAGAAACACGCCAACGCAAUGGAAGACCUUCAAGAUCAACAUCGUCGUUUGGUAGACGAGAAGGAAGCGGACAUCUCCUCAAUCGAAGCUGAGCUUGAGUCAUCCAAGAAGGCAUUGCAGACGUGCAAGGCGGAUCUCCAGACCUUGCAGAGCGUAUUGCGUAACAAGGAGAUGGAGAGCGACCGUCUCGGCAAGACUCACUCGACGGAUCGACACUCUCUGGAGCUAGAAAUUGACCGCCUCAAGAGAGACUUGACCAACUGCGAAUCCGAUCUGGAACGCUCUCGCAAAGAUUUGGACCGCAAAGAAGAUGCUCUGAGAGACAAGGAGGCGCAGCUGUCUCAACUGCACGCUGAUAUCAGAACGCUCAACGAUAGGGUUGCGAAGGAGAGCAGCGGCAAGUCGAGCCUGGACGAGAAGCUGGAGAGCAAGGAACGCGCGAUCGCUGCGAUCCAAGCGGAGCUAGACGAUGCUCGAGUCAAGGUUACUCAGCUCGAAGAGGAGCUCAAUGACGGCGAACGUUCCAUGAUGCAAGAUCAACAGCAAAUACGCAACCAGCUCACCGAGCGCAACACUCUUUUGCUGAACGUGUACCAGUUCAUGGGCAAGAUCCUCAGCGCUGACAGGCUCGGCGGUGCGAGCGGCCCGCGCAAGAGCGGCGCAAAUGACAGCAAGCCUUUCACCAACUUUGCAAUCUUCCACGACAAUUUGACGACGCGCAUGCAUCGCCUUUCGGACAUUCAAGGAUCGUUUGCUGAACGCGUCAAGACGAUCGAGGGCAAGUUUACGGAGCAGUUUAGUGCGCUGAAACGUCAACAGGACAGCAAGUUUAGGCAAUUGGAUCGAUGCGAAGUUUCCAUCAAGACGGCAAGCGACAAGUCGAACGCGUGGAGAGCUCGCAUGGUGGCCAAGCAAUCCGAGCUGGACUUGGCCAAAACGACCGCCGCCGAGCUUCAGACGCAAUUGACUUCCUUCAAGACCCGAUCCAAUUUGGCUUCGACGGGCGAGAACAGCAAAAUGUCGGAUCUGACCUCUAGAGCCAUGAUUGCGGAGAGGAAGCUGAAAAAGGCUCAGGACGACCUGCAUCAGUGCAACGAACGGCUGGUGGAGGAGAAGAAGAAAUCCGCAGAGGAUCAGGGCAACUCGUCGGCUCAAAUCAAGGAGCUCAAGAUGAGGUACAAGAAGCUGGAAGAGAGGCUCAAGAGCGAACGUCAAGGAGCCAAGGAACGCGUCAGCGAGCUAGAAGCCGAGAUGAAGUGAGUACUUUACAGCGUGUGGGCUGCUCUUUCAGCAGUGCGUACACCUCUUUCUCACGCCUUGCACCUGGGACUCGCUUGGGCAGACGCUUAAAGCAACAAGAGCUGGCAGGCACUCAGAAACGUCGUGUCAACGUUGGCAACCUUCACGAUGCGCUCAAGGGCGCUGGUGCGCAGGACACUUCUUGA